AUGUUUUAUUAUCUUUCCGAAAACGAAGUCACUAAAUCAUUUAAAUAAUUUUUAAAGUGAUUCGGUACUUGGGAGUUCUUUCAAGAAUUGAAAUAAAUUCAGAAUUCUCAAUUUAUGCAUCCACUUACAUCUGAGGUAUUUCAAAUUUUUGCGCCAUUGCAAACCAAGCAAUCCUCCAAUCACUUCAAAGCAUUUAACUGCUUUCAGUCGUCAUACGACCGCGCACGCGAGAGUUUCGUGUCGAGUAUGAUAAAAUUCGUGUGAUUUUUCGUAAAAAGUUAAAAAAUAUACGUGAUUGAAAGGGAGCGAUUAGUAGAAAGUGUUGGCGAUAUGGAGAAGUCUUGGAUUCUGAAGAAAGUAAAAGGCAUAGCUUGGAUGGAAUUGCCGCCAUGAAGAACAUCAUUGCGCAGUGUGAAUACGUCAAGAAUUACAUGUGAAUACGAUGAUUCUGCAGCUUCAGUUAGACACUGCUCUGAAAUUUAUGAAUCAAAUAGAGAGGAUCCGGCUCGACUCGCCGAGGCAACGUCUUUCUGCCGAGUGUUUUUGACACGAGGCGGUCUCUCCAAUCGAUCCAGGCUAGAAUAGCCGAACCGGAAGUGGGACGUUUAGGCUCGAUGGGAAUGACAACGAAGAGAGAGCGACUUAACUUUGGAUCACGACGGGGCCCUCUCGCUGUGAAUCACUCGAACGAAUUUCCUCGAUAAGAUAGCUAGCUCUCCUCCCAGCCACCUAUUCUUCCAUGCGAGAAUUACUUUCGUUGAACGAAGGAGAGGCGAUUCUUCUACUUAAGAAUUAAUUGAAAGGGAAACGAAUCGUCGACGUUGAUCGAACGAGGAUCUAGAAGACAUCAGCUUCUUCCAUGAACCAUCCUGUUUCAUCUCUUUCAUAAGUUAUUAAAUAGAUAAAAAAAAGAACGUCCAGACAAAUUGCUAUUAUAAUUUUAAUUUCAAGUAUCAAUUUGAACAAUAACUCACUAUGCCACAAUUGGUGUGGUUAGAGGCAUCAGUGAAGCAGGAUGAAGGUAGAUCCCGUUUCACGUUCAGGUUUUCUGGUAUCUACGGUUGAAACUGAUAUACUCUGAGCUGAAAGACAAUGACUUCUGUCAGAGAGUAGUAUGACAAUUGGCAGCUGAUUGCGAUCUUGCACCCCUGUUGGGAGGGAGAGGAGAAAAAAUUAGCGACGGAGGAGGCAAUCAACGUGUCUGUGAAGUAGCGUGGCCCUAGGUUUUGCGGCUGUAUCGACCUAAUAGUCCGUAGUUCGCGGCAGCUCGUAAAAUACGGCGAUUACACGACGUGAUUUCGUGGAAAACCAUAAUAGCCGACCCUGACCGUCGAGAAAUCGUCCCAUCGGAACGAACAGUUCAGAAGAUCCUCCCUUUGCAAUUUAUCGAUGCUGCAAUUCGGCUCUCCAACCUAUCCAACCUUCAGAAACUGACAAAUUUUCUAAAAAAUUUGAACGACAUUUUUGUAAAGUGCGUAGAUGAAGAAUGGGAAGCUUUUUGUAUUCUACUGAUUUCUAAUUCUAGUAACCUUGACAGACGAAUAUGAAACUGCGAGGAAGAAAUUUAAGAGGCAUUCCAUCGAUCGGAGCAUCCUGGAGAGCCUGGAAAUACCGAGUACAUCCGUUGGUGAUAGAAAGCAGCGGACUAGGGGUGGGCUCUGCUUAUCCUGGAGCCUCGAUAAGCAUCGUUUCGUAUGAGGGACUAUUUACAGCGAGGCAAGAAAUUUAAUAAAACUCGGAGAAGUCGUGGAAAACCGAUGUAGCACUAUGCAUAUGCUUCUCUGUCACUGUCGCCGUUUCUGUGGCCGGAAGAGUAGGAGAGAAGAAGAAUUUCAACGUCUGCGUGCGGAGGGUUCGACAGCCUGAGAACUAGCAGAAGAAGCCAGGACUCGUCGUACAGUGGCACAGAAUCAAUUUACCAGCCGAAUCUAUAUUUCAGUUUUUACGGGGACUUACUACGCCUUUGCUGUCUCCUGUCAACAAAAUUUUCUCAAUCGUUCCCGUUAAAUUUCAUGAAUACUAUAUUGUAUUUAUCAAAUGGUAUUUUGACCGGAAGUAAAUAUUUAAUUAUUUUGGGAAGUGGUAAAUCAGUUAUGUUAAAGAAUGUAGAUGAAAAUAGUAGGAUUUUGUAUGUAGUUUGAAUGAUAUGUAGGUUCAUUAAAUUAUUAUUUAAUCAAAAUAAUUAUCAGUAGACUGGGUAUUUUUAUGUAUUUAUGGGAAAUUUAAAGCUGUAAAAAUUUGUAAAAUAUUUAAAAUAGGGUAUUUGUUAUUAUAUUUAAUAAGUGAAACAAAAUUUAUUCUAUUAUAAGUUAUUCAAAUAUUUUUAUGUGUCACUGUGCACAAACCCAGUAUCUCAGCAUAUUCUGUUGAAAUAUUUCGAUAGAUUUUAUUAAAAUAUACUAUCGUUAUUUGUAUUAUGAACACGACUCGUGGCUCUCACGUUUGAACCAUAAUUUGCGGCGCAAGCCGACCUCGAUGUAAGACAAUGGCUUAAAUGUGUUAGCCGAGGAGAUCCAGUUAGAUUAAUUGAUAUUCGAUACUAAAUGCGUUUCCGUGCCACCCUGUGAAAUAAUUCGAAGAAUCGUUCACCCAUCGAAAACCUUAAUUCCAUAUUUCCAUUAAUUACUAGAGAAAAAAUCCGAAAAUCGUAUAUCAUAUCCCAACGCAGAAAGAACCUACGUAUGCCUUUGUUUGAACAGACAGAACUGAAUCGUUCGAAAAAAACAAAGAAUCCGCAGAAAGCAUUCAAAUAACCUGUUGCAUCGAGUCAGGCGAAAAAAAAAUCAAAAAGCCGCUCGGUCAACUGAGAUCCAGAAGAAUCAAUAAACCUAUUAAGUUGAACGAAAUAACCAUAGCCCGUAGUUAAACGCGACUAAUCUAUGCUACGAUAUGUCUUCUUUUCUGUGCCUGACCAAAACUUUGUUUCUCUAUGUCUUAAGUUCACCUUCGUUUCUUCCAUCUUUCAAAGAAGGAAAUUUCAAGCGGAAUGAAAUAAUGGAAAGAAAAGAUGAAGGAAAACUAAUUGCGAUUAAUCAUCUAUGGAAUGACUUCUUUUCAUUGUCCAACUAAAAUGUAAUUUGUUAAUUUACAAAUCCAUGGCCAUUGACUUCCAUUUUUCAGAAAGGAAAAUAAAAUUUGAAGAGAUAAUGAAGAAAUGAAAAGCAGUUGCGAAUAAGUGCCCAUUUUUAUUGACUUCCAUUUUCUAGAAAGUAAAAUUCUAAGCAAAAUAAAAUAAAUAAAUAAAUAAAAUGAGAUUAUUUUCCCAUGGAACGCUUUCAAAAUUUCUGCACACAGAUUCGUUUUUAUUAAUUUCCAUCUUGCAAAAGAGAAAAAGGCAACCGAAACUAAUUGGUAGAGUAGACUACUAAUUCCCUAGGAAAUGUCCUCUUUCCAAUAUUGAACAAAAAUCCUAUAUCUUAAGCCUGUCUACAUUGAUUACUAAUCCCCAAAAAUGAAAAAUUUCAUUUGAAUGAAAUAAGAAAGAAAGAAUAAAAAUAAAAAGGAGACUAAUCUCGAUUAUUCGCCUACUAACAAAAGCCUUCUAAUCAAAAUUACACUUUUCCAUCCACAAGUCCAUCUUCAUUGACUCCUAAUCUUCAAAAGAGAAGUUCGCAAACAAACCAAAGUAGAAUAAAAGAAAACGAAAUGAAUAAAGAGAAGUGAAAAGAAACUCGAAAACCGACUUCGGUCCGGCGGAAAAAUUGAUUCAGCGUAGUCUGGAGGGCCACGGCGAAUACGCGAGAAGAAGAGGAGCCGGGGGCGCGUGUGCGCAGUUCCCUCGACCAACAUGUCCGCCCGGGUACUCUAGGUAGUCGUGGUUAUGCGGCGCGGUGCGUUGCACACCGUCGUCAGGCGAAUCCUCGGUUUUCCGUGCUGCGUACGUCCGCGAGACACGCGUGUCCCUUCGAUGACCGGCUAAAGGGCCAGUAUCGCUGAGUCGUCGCCUCCUGGUGAUUGUGGCUGGCUCUGGUACAAGUUCACCAGAGGUAGUGCACGAGGUUCCGAGCAGCUGCGGGGAGGCUGGAGCCGCGACACGGACAGUCAGAGUGCUGCUCGAGAGUGGAGAAUCGCGGGAGAGCCAGGGAGAGACAGGGAGAGACAGAGGCUUACUGGAGGUGAAACACAAGCGGGCAAGAGAGGGAGAAGCUUGAGGCAGGCGCGCGUAUUGAUUCCCGCGUGGCGUUUAUACGGUGAGGUGAGAAAGCUGCAACCGGAAGACUUGUGCCCGCUUCCUUCUUGCUCGCUGAAAAAGUCGAAGGAAAGGCGGACUGGGCCAACCACAUUGGGUUCCUGGCUCUGAAGCUGCUCGUCCUUCGGUUACUAGAAAGGAGAGCGCGAGAAGGUGAUCGGUGGACCAGAAUGAGAGAAGAGACCCAGGUCUGCUCGAGCAGGGACCCGUCGGCCCUUCGCGCGAGAAAUGAUUUUUAGAAGGAAGAGGGCAUGACGCACCGAACUCAUGCAGUGGCGAAAACACGUGCGCAUCAAGUACGGUGGUCGAGUCGGUGUCGGUCAAGGGCAGCGGGAGCGGGAGCAGGUGCAGCUGCAGGUGCGCGUGGUGCAGCUGCAGCGGGAAGGGGGCGCACGACUCAGCUACGUCUGUCAUCAGCCUCAACUCUCGUCGACGGCUCGCCGCAGCUGCAGCGCAGCAGCCAUGCUCUGCUGCGGCCGCAGAAAAGAGGGCCGGGGGGAAGUGACAGACAUCAGCGCAAGUCCUGGGAGGCAAGCACCUGCCAACCAGUUGCGCCCCAAGGAACCACCCCCCAUGGUGAUUCAGGGAGAUUUCAGAAAGGUGAGUGGAAUCAGCACAGAGAUCUUCAAACAGAUCGAGACCGUCGAGAACGAUCAUGACGCCUCGACAGCAGCGGCCCUCGAAGCUGUCGAACGAAGGGGUGAGAUGGUCGUCCGAGUCAUCGAGCCACGACAGAUGGGCAGACAGGCGUCCGAGGCGGCGAAAAAGUUCAUUGCUAUGCAGGAUCCAAAGCACCCCAUCCACUUUGUCGAGAUAAUCAAAAGGCCAGGCCAGACGCUGGGGUUGUACAUACGGGAGGGCAAUGGCGUCGACAGAAACGACGGUGUCUUUAUCUCAAGGAUAGCCCUGGAGACCGCAGUCUACAACAGCGGCUGCCUGAAGGUUGGGGAUGAAAUCCUAGCAGUGAAUCUAGUCGAUGUGACGCACAUGAGCCUGGACGAUGUCGUGAUCAUUAUGUCGAUACCCAGGAGGCUCGUCCUGGCGACUAGGCAUGGCCAGCACCAGCCUGUCUCACAUAGUCGUCAGGCCGAGCACAAACCGCCUCCGGUUGUGGUGAUCAAGAGGGAUCUAAACGAAGAUGAGAGCGACCAUGCAACAAGUAACCACGUCAGGGAUGGCAAUCGUAGGCGUGGCGACGGUCGUGAGAUGCUACCUUCCCGGUCUAGAUUAGGUCUGUCGGGUCUAGGCUCCAGUCAAGACCUAGGUUCCAGCAACGGUGAUCUAUACUACAACUCCAGACCGGAGGGACACUGGUCGUAUCAACCACCACCACCUCCUGUUAUCACACAUCAGCCAAAACCCUCUACGACGCAACACUUCCAGCCUUAUGAACGUGGAUAUCCAAAAACUUUGGAGAGUUUAGCUGAAAAAGUACACUCCUUCUACACGGGGCCAGUUAUGCCCUCAAAUGGUGGUCGUCGAAUGUCCACGGGCGCAGGGAUGCAGUCGGUUGGCAGCAGAUUGUCUAGUCAGACUCAGCCAUCGCAUUAUGGUUAUGGCCAACAUUCUGGAAGUGGAAGAAUCAUGCCUAGAAGCGGUUCAGAUCAACAUUUACCUCGUGUUGAUUACACAAGUAUCAGCACUCCAGCUCGACAUACUCUUCUUAGAUCCAGCUUGAAGUCAGGAACAUCUGCGUUGAGAUAUAACACCAGAUAUGGCACUCAGGGAGACAGUACGUCGACUACUCAGAGACAAGGUCAAUUUGGUACUCUAACCAGGAGGCACCGACCAUCGUUGGAUUAUGCUUCAGACACUGAAGCAACCUGUUCGAGUUCGCCCAAGUCGGCGUAUUAUUACUACAGGCAUAAUAUGAACAAUCCACCUCAGAGUAGCGCUGUCUCGCAUCUUGCCACCCUAUCAAGAUCACAGAUUGGUCAGAGUUCCUCAGGCUUGAGAUCGAAUUCGUUGCCUCGUAGUGGCAGAACGUUGCCCCAGCAACCAGGUCUCAGGUCUGGACUUAGCACAGUAGCAUCUGGACUAAUAGAUCAGGAAGAUAGUGACGGAGCACUAUCAGCGCCCGAACUACCUUCCAUUAGACGCGAUAGAGGAAGAAUACCGUCAUCACCCAGUGUGUUCACAUCAGAUGAGUACCGAGCAUGGCUGAGUCGAACGCCGAGUACCAGUGCAUUGUACGAGCAGAUUAGGGCCACUACGACUAGACCACCACGUUACACUUACAGCGCAGAGAACAUCCACGCAGCUGUAAAUCAAGGUGAAUAUGGAAGCUAUGGGACGUACAGACCAUUGUCCAGCACGUUGGAUCGUUUGUCAACAAGAUCAGCCUCUGCUCAGCAAGUGAAUCUUGCCAACUUAAGAGCAUCGACAGCGAUCAGCUCGACGUGUCAUCGUGGAACAGCGAACCCAAGACCGGCCUCGGUUGCAUCCAGUGCUCGUACGUCCUUGACGAGUCAGAAACCGUCACUGAGCAGCUCCACUACCCAGAGGGCAACGUCGGUCAGAAGAAUCAGGAACCUGCUGGACCUGGAAUCCACCCGAAGCAUACCUACCCCCACACCUACCAGAACUCAGGAUCAAAGACUGCUAGAUAUUAAUCCUGCAGAGUUCCUUAAGUAUAAGAUAGAAAAACCUCCGACUGUGGGAACUCCGAGCUCGACUAGCUCUCUUUUGAGCUCGCUCGGGGAAACCAGCAGCGGUGACCUGGCGGGUGGUGUUAGUGGACUACUUUGGGUCCAUCUUCUGGCAGGUCGUGGCCUCCGUUCAACAACAUCCUCCUCAGCUGCCACUACACCUUCCACACCAUCAGGUCAGCCUAAUUUAGCUAGUUGCGGCUUGAGAGACCUUUACUGCGUGCUGGAGUGCGAUAGGGUGCACAAGGCGAGGACAGUGAUGCGAACUGGCGAUUUAAUGUUCGACUGGGACGAAACCUUCGAGCUGGACCUCGUUGGCAACCGGCAGUUAGACUUGCUGGUCUAUUCCUGGGAUCCACAGUACAGGCACAAGCUUUGUUACAAAGGAUCUGUGCACCUGGCGACCCUUUUGAAAGAAUCACCAGUUCACCAGCUAGCUGUCAAAGUUGAACCACGUGGCACAAUUUAUCUAAGACUGAGAUAUACGGAUGCUCAGCAAACAUUCCGAAGGAGAGGACUCCCAGUCAUAUCUCUGGCUACCAGAGUGGCGCCACUUUUCGGAGUUGACCUUGACACAGUGGUGAGUCGAGAGAGCAAGACUGGUGGAGUUCCUGGAGGUGUUUCUACCGCCCUAGCCAUGGGUGUUCCAAAUGUGCCCAUAAUUGUAUGGCGUUGUGUCGAAGAAGUUGAAAGAAGAGGUCUUGACAUCAUUGGUCUAUACAGGCUCUGUGGUUCAGCUACCAAAAAAAGGAUACUUAGGGAGGCUUUUGAAAGGAAUGCUCGUUCAGUGAACCUGUCGCCUGACAAUGUACCGGAUAUCAACGUGAUUACUGGUGUACUGAAGGAUUACUUGCGAGAACUUCCAGAACCACUCUUCACGAGGUGCCUGUAUCAGAUGAUGGUCGAUGCAUUGGCCGUCUGUCUACCGGAUGAUCCACAAGGCAACGCAAAACUUAUGUUCAGUAUACUUGACUGUUUACCAAAAGUGAACAGGUGUACGUUAAUCUACUUGCUGGAUCAUCUGGCAAUGGUAGUAUCACAGUGUAAUAAGAUGUCACCAGCAAGUUUGGCAGUCUGUUUCGGACCAGUUUUAAUGCUACAUUCUGAAGAGAACGGACCGCCUUUGGAUUUCCAACAACCAAUAGCAGUUCUCAAGUAUCUUCUUGAAAUUUGGCCUGUUAAGUCAGUUCGGAAGAUUUCUUCAGUCGCUUCGGCGCUUCCUCGAGUUACGCCAACAGUCGAGCACAACAGCAGUCAACAGCAACUGCAACACCAGCAGCAGGCUCAGCAACAGGUGCAACAGCAACUGCAGGGAACAUUGGGACGCACAGGGCUGCCCUGGCAGCCUCAACACUCACUUCAUCAACAGCCCCCAACUACGGCAGCACCCGCAGCCCUCGCGCCCUCCACUCGUCCUCCACCACCGGUCAAGCCUCGCCAGGUGAUAGUCUCGUCUCCCGGUUCACCUAGCAGCGAGGAGUCGGAAGCCUCGCCGGAACCGAUUAACAAAAGCCUCCUGGGCGGCCUGGGACUCGAAAAGAACAACGAAGAGGCCACAGCGAACUCGACUGGUCCUGGAACAGAACAGAUUACGCCGACUAGCAGCGUCGACACCGAGGAGGGAAAUACACCACAUCCUGAAGAGGGUGAGAAGGGCGUCGAGGGUGAUGCAGAGGCCAGCGAUGACGAUCGACAUUAGCACGUACCCAAUACGCAUUAGAGUCUCGUGAAAUAUGAGGAUUUAAUCGGGGAUGUGCGCCCUGGAUAGCUUCGACGUCUUGGUUUUACCGAUAGUUUGGAGAAUCUUGCGUUUCUUCUUUUUUUUUUUUUAAGAAGAUGAGAUUACUAAGGAACAGUGUUGGGCAUGGAAUAACGAAUACAUUGAAAGGUUAAGAUUUGUUCAACUAGAAAAUCACCUGGAUUAUCUAGUUGUCAGUUGUUAAUUGUUAAAAUAGACUGUAAACAGGCUUAAAGUCUGCCUACAGUUUCUCUAAAUUUAUUUAUUAUCUAAAGAAAGUUUGGAUAGGUUUGAAUCUUGCCCAAUACUGACGCAUGCGUAUUAAGAGACUGAAAAUGAAACUUGUAAUAGAAAUAUAAUGGAUUUUGAAGUCUGUUGGAACAGGAUUGAAAGGGUUUUGUUGCUCACAAGUGUGUUUGUUUGAAAUUGUUUAAAAAAAAGAGACAGAGGUUAUAUUCUUAAGAUACAGCUUAUCAUUCAGAAUUGUAUGAAAUGAUAAACAAACAUGUUAAGAGUUUCUGUUUCAUUUUAAUCAAAGAUUCUCAUGAUGUGUUGAUGAAAGCUGAAAAAAAGAA